AUGAAGGUAGAAAAUCAAACUGAAUGCUCGACAAUCGGCCAUCUAGUCACUUGUAAUGUAGUGAGUAAGGGACACCAUGUAGCAUGUAUCGGGUAUCGAGAAAACGAGUAUCGAGAAAUCGAGAUGGCUAGACAAUUUAAGAUUCCUCCCCAUGAUCGUUUCGCAAGCCAAGCGACCAGGUCAUCCUCUCACAAUGGGACAACUAACAAGAUUGUGAAAGAGAAACUUACUCCCACUCAGCUUGCCCUCUUCAGGAAGAUUGUAUUUGGUCGAUUUGUGGACUUGGACAUUAUCUUCAACAGUCCAUUGGUCCACUGCAUUUUAUUAAGGGAGGUUGAAGACCAUAGGAAGGAUUCAAUGGCAUUCGAUUUGAAUGGUAUAAUUGUAACAUUCACCAAAGAAGACUUCCUAUUGAUGACAGGAUUGUGGUGGUCACCCAAUUCAGUAGUUGUGAGGAGGGUUGAAGGAACUGAAUCUCUACAUAAUAGGUACUUGGGAAAUGACUUCGCAGGGGGCAUCCAUAUUGGUACCUUAGAGACAAUGUACAAGGAGAUGGAGUGUGAUAAUGAUAUGGAUGUUGUGAAGAUGACACUAGUCUACUACAUUGAAUUGGCUAUGAUGGGAAGGGAGAAGACGAGGACCAAUAUCGACAAGACCUUAUUAAUUGACGUGGAAGAUUUAGAUUACUUCAACUCCAUGGAUUGGAGAAAUGUUUUGUGGGAGAGGACCUUACUUGGACUACAAGGAGGAUUGAGUGGCAAGACCGAGAACUACGAAAAAAGGUCCAAGAUCAAUAAAAACUAA